UAGCACGUUUAAAAUCUUAUCUUAUUUUUUUAGGGUUGAACUACUAAAGGGUAAAAAACACAUCUCUGCACGUAUCCGUCAUUUCCAGCAAGGAAUUAUCUUGGAGGUCUCAACAAAAGAAGCUGCAAUUGCAAACAAACUGUACAGGUAG